AUGUUGUGUGUUCAGAAACGAAUUUUUGGCGCCUUUAAUGGUGGAGCUUCUCGCUUUUUCUCUAGCUCGGCUGUUUCGAAUUCUGCAAAAGUUGCCAUACUCGGCGCUUCUGGUGGUAUCGGCCAGCCUCUUUCUCUAUUACUUAAACACAACGAACACAUUUCCACAUUAUCGCUCUACGAUAUUGUUAAUACGCCCGGUGUCGCUGCUGAUUUGAGUCAUAUUAACACAAAGAGUAAAGUCACCGGUUAUAUCCCUGAAAACGAUGGUUUAAAACAUGCAAUCACUGGCGCCGAUAUUAUCGUCAUUCCAGCUGGUGUCCCUCGGAAACCUGGCAUGUCGCGCGAUGAUUUGUUUAAUACAAAUGCUGGGAUUGUUAAAGAUUUGGCGGAGGCUGCAGCAAAAUAUGCACCGAAAGCAUUACUAGCAGUCAUAUCAAAUCCUGUAAAUUCAACUGUUCCAAUUGUCUCGGAGGUAUUCAAAAAACAUAAUGUGUAUGAUCCAAAGCGUAUUUUCGGUGUGACAACUCUUGAUGUAGUACGAGCGUCUCGAUUCGUCUCUGAAAUUAAAAAUACAGAUCCUAAAGACGAAAAAAUUACCGUGGUGGGUGGUCACUCUGGUGUAACCAUCGUUCCAUUACUCUCUCAACUUAACCACUCGUUCACCGACGAAGAAUACAAAGCUUUGACUCAUCGAAUUCAGAAUGGUGGUGAUGAGGUAGUUAAGGCUAAAGCUGGCGCAGGAUCAGCAACCUUGUCAAUGGCCUACGCUGCUUCACACUUUACAAACUCUUUACUUCGUGCUCUUCAUGGUGAAAAGAACGUAAUCGAACCAACCUAUGUGAGAUCCGAGCUUUUCGCGCCGGAUGGUAUCGAAUAUUUCGCAUCAAAUGUCGAAUUAGGGCCAAAUGGUGCCGAAAAAAUAUUCACUCUUGGAAAACUUUCGGAUUAUGAAAAAGAGUUGAUUAAUGCCGCGUUACCGCAGUUGAAAAAGAAUAUUGAAAAGGGAGUGAAGCUUGUUGUUGGAUGA